ACCCUCGUCACGGCAAAAAAGAAGCUAUAAAUCGCGACGGUAGCUCCGCUGGUCGGACAUCGAAGAGAUCGCGGGAUAUGAAGGAUAGGAGAAGUUGCCGAAACGUGAGGAUUUAAGUUCAAUCCGCCGAAUGCCAUGAUUUAUUAAAUUCGGGCUUUAAGGUGCAACGGAGUGCGAACGGGAUUUAGAAAACUGUAGGAUUUAAAAUGAUAUUUCCUACCGUUAGACGAGAUUUAGUUUGUUAAAUCCUGCAUAAAUCCUGCUACCAAACAGCUCCAAGCCUCGAUGGAAUCGGAAGGAUUUCUUUUUCUAGGGCAAAGGGCGGCCUCGAAUCCCUCGGCCAUGCUUGCUGCCCUACUGAGCAAGAGAGAUAAGCUUCAAGAAGAGCUACGUAGCAUUGAAAAGCAGGUUUAUGACCUUGAGACUAGCUACUUACAAGAAUCAAACCAAUGUGGGAAUGUUUUGAAAGGUUUUGAAGGUUUUCUAUCGGCCUCAAAGAGCACAAUUAACCUAAAACGCUCAAGGAAGUUUCAACCUGAAGAUAGGAUAUUUUCUCUGUCAUCAGCUACCUCCCCAGCUGUUGAAGAGCACAUAUCUGGACGAGAUGCCGAAGGAAGGUCCGAUUAUGCACCUGGUCGAUUAAAAGCUGGAAGUAACCCUGCGAAUGGACAACCAUAUCUUAUGCAUCAUUCUUAUCAUCAGAGGGAAGCCAAAGAAAGGUGGCAGGAUUUCAUUAAGAGAAGGAAAAAGAAUUCGGCCAUCCAAUGAGCAAGAAAUUGAAGAUGAAGAUGAUGCUGAUCUAAGCUUGAGAUGAGGUUUGCUGUAAUCUGACCAUGAAUGUGAGGACAAAUCCGUUUGAUUUCUAAGUUUUCCGGUCAUUAGAGAUGAAUGCAUAAUUAAUUUUAUUUCUGAAUUUGUACGAGGGAUAGUUGACUUAGUAAACUUGUAUAAUGACACAUGAAACUGUAUGAUUGCGUAAAUCUUUGUUUAUUCAGAUAUGAAUUAAGGUCAGAAACAUCCAUAUCUGUAACUUCUAUUUACUGUUGCGCAUUAGUGUUAGCUGUUGCAGCAUUAUCUUUUUAAGGGCUUAUUAAACCAUUUUCCAUUUACCAGAUGAAUCUAUGGAACUGUAAUGACUUAGUUUU